GGUCAAUGUCAAUGCCUCCUUUAAAAACAAAUCACAGAAAUCUUAAAACAUAAUUUUAUAUAUAUACAUAUACAUAAAUAUAUACCCUUAUGUAUAGAAAUGUAAACAAAAAUAUAUACAUUAUGCAAGUUGUGUGGAAUAUGUAAAAAGUAUGAGAGUUUGUAGCUGCCGACGCGUUAUCGCCGCCUUUUGAUAAGCGCUUUGUUGAGUAGCGCGCAAAAUAAGCGGGACCCGCUUAACCCCAACGUUGUAUUUGCAUAUGUGAGUUUAUAAAUAAAUAAUGUAAUUGCGCUUAGAAGCAACAGAGCAGCUUUUGCCAGUUCGCUGAUAGAGCUUCAGUGCGAAAAUGUAAACAUAGCGAAUCGUCAAGUUUAAGCGAGAGGUUGGAUCCAGCUCAAGCAGCACAAAAAUAAAAUAAAGUGAAUUAAGUAGUAAUUGAAAUACAGUAACAAAAUGUUAAAUAAAAAUUAAUGAAAUAAAUAUUAAAAUAAUUAAGAAAUUAAAAAAUAUGAAGAUAAGAAUUACUGCGCCGUAAUUUUGAAAAAUUUGGAUUUUUUGAAAAUAUAGAUCUUAAAAGAGCAGUCAAAACAAACGCGCUAAUAAAACAGCUAAAGAAAGUUUCAGAUUUUUGAACAAAAAAAUUUUCUACGUGUGAGCUAGGAUACAAUAUAAAAAUAUUUGAAGCACAAAACCACAGUUACAUCUCCAAUUUGACACAUCAAACAGCAAUAUGAGGCGAUUAAUCGCUUUUUCCUUCCUACUGCUCAUUUCACAGUCACCAUUGCUUUGCACCGCGGCCACCAGCGGCAACAUCCCAACCCAGCAACCCAACAUUCUGUUGCCACACGCCGACAUCAAGAGCCGCAAAUUCCAAACUCAUUUCAUUGAUGAGCUCAACGCUUUGGUGGACACAGCCGCCGGCGAUCAUCUCAAUCGAUUACUGCAGGAGCUACGCGCCAGCAAAGAAUAUGUCGCCUAUGUGACGCGCAUCGAGGCGGCCGCCAGCGCCACACAACUCAUGCCGAAAAUCGUCUACCUCAAGCAGCUGCUCGACCUCAAGUUGAACGAGUCGCCACACAGCGUCGAAAACUAUUACACGCUGCGCAAUUUAAACUUUCUCGGUAAAUUGAAGCGUGAACUAUUGCAACUGCAGGACGAGAGCGCCACAGAGCUGCGUCAUCUACGCUGGUACAAUUUAUGCGGACAAUUUUGGUAUCGCAAUGUCCUGUUGAAUCAAACGCAAACGGCGGCACACAAAGCCACGCCGCCACCACCCGCGGCGCACUACUGGGCGAAUGUCAAGUUGGCGCCAUUGCGUGCCGAAACUGUAGUCGCCUCAUCGGCCGCAACGCCCUUGGCGCACAUCGAGCUCGAACGUUUCGCGCGGCUGCUGUAUGCAAAUGUAAAAGCGGCCGGCGUGGAGUUAAUCGAUGAUUAUUUGUUCACCGUGCGCAAGCUGUUGCAGGAGGUCAUUGAAGAAAAGCACAUUUCAGCUAUGUCAUCAACGGAAAAUGAAGAGGGUAAAGAGGAACCUUCCACUGCCGAGUCUCAUACACUGCACGCCAGCAAGCUGAACAAAGUGUUGACCGAAAUUGAUGCAAUACUCGCCAUUGAUGACUUCUAUGCGAAACGCAAUCGUUUGUACCGUUAUCUCGAAAAUGACCUCUCUAGCGAUUAUGAGCAAUUUAAGAACUCGCAAUAUGCAAACGAAGACUUGGCCGAAAUGCUGGCGAAAUUGCAACGCAAAGGCGUCGAUCUCUUUAUCACAUUCAUGUUCAGUAAUUUUGAAUUCCUCGAGCAUUUACACGAUACUUGGCGCAAGCUAUUGCCAUGGCCAACGAGUGCGCAGGAAACGCCGUUGCAGUACGAUGCGGCGUCACAACGCCUCUUUGAUGUGCAUCGCUUGUAUGUGGAGUUUAAGGGCGAUUGGGAGAAUAGCGAACGCUAUAACGCCUAUCAGGGCGUGGUGCAAGCCCUCUUUGAUGACACGCGUAAUGGCAGUGCGAACAUGCAUAUCUUCGAGUUGUUGAACAAUGCAUCGGCAAAUGUGGGUAGUGUCACGUUGAAUAUGAUCAAGGCAAAGUGUGAUGAGCUGUAAACGUGUGGGGAGUUACAAGCGGCAGAGUAAUAAUGUUUAUCAAUGAAGAUAAUAAAAAGGUAGUACAAAAGGAUUUAAUAUUUUGGUAUUAGUUAAGAUUUGUGUACACGGUGUUCUUAUCGCUUCAAAUCCAAAAUUUUGUGAAUUUAAUAAAACAAAUUUUUAUAAUUAUAUAUA